AUGACUGCUCCUAACAUUGUGGGUCCGUCCUACUCGCGCCUGGUUAGUCAUGAAUUAAGAUUAUUUAUUUUGGUACGUUAAGGUGGGCUUUAUUUUCCUCUUCAAUCUUAUUCUCGGAACGGGGGCGCUUGCUCUCCCUAAAGCCUUUCACGACGCUGGCUGGCUUCUGGGAACGAUACUUUUAUUAGUCAUUUCGAUCAUGAGGUAAGUGGUCCGUUGUCAAGCCAAUGUGUUCAGCUUCAUUCCUGCGACUUUUAUUGUGGAAGCGAUGUCGAUUCUCAACGCUAUUUCGCGGCUCGAUACGAAGGUUUAUUUUCAUUUCAAACCGGUUAUUUUAAUUGACUUCCAGGCUACGGGGAAUGAAACAAAUCAGCAGUCCACAAGUUCGUCAGUCAGUACUCCUCCUCAAGAGCUUGACGAAAACGUAAAAUCUGACGUUUUCCCUGAAGAUUUCGAAGUCUCGCGGAAGUUCGAACUGGUAUUUCAUUGUUUACGUUUGUGACUUUUAGGGUGAAAUCGUGUCAAUAGUAGCUGGCAAGACGUGGACUGCUGUGUUCUAUGCAACUAUAACCAUUUAUCUUUAUGGCGACCUCUCCAUCUACGCCGCUGCGGUCCCAAAGUCCUUAAGAGAUGUGUCUUGGUAAGUGAAUUCUUGAGUGAGGUGUAUGUAAACCACAUGGAGUCCUGUAUAGGACCACAAAUCCGGCUUCGUUAGAGGUAACGUAGCUGAUGUUGGUGUUAUUGCACACUACCUCUCCAUGAGCUCCGUUCUCUUCUGGGGGAGGGACGAAAACCAAAAGGACUGGGUCUAAAAACAGAUCAAAAUUCUUAGCUGACAAUAAAGAACCACCUUUUCAGCUAUAUCACCCUUCCUCGUUCCCAAAAAAGCAGUCUGUAUUGCGCAAAGUAUAUAGAGAGCGAUAGGGAACAGGCAUAGGCCACUUCAGCCGUCUUUCUUGGAUAGGUUGUGAUGUCCUCAGUCAGUUUUUGGCACACAUAGUCUGCUGCAUUUGAGAGUGAGUCUUUAUAUGCCACUCAAAGGAUAGAUCCCAAAGAGGGUUUCACCAGAACCUGUAGUGUUCGGUCUUGUUCCACACUCAUUACUGUAGGUGAGGUCGGACUGCACAUGUUGACGUCUUGCGCUUACCUUUUGCUUGACCGGACAUCACAGUGUGAUCAGAGUGUUUGCAAUACUCGAAAAAGUCUUUGCUUUACACUAAUUAAGGCGCUUAUCUGGCCCCUAUUCCGUCAAACUGUGAGAGUCCACCGAGGUAUGUAAACAGUUAAUUACAACAGCUCGUUUGUUUUAUUUGGAGACCCGAUUUAUGUAUACGUAGGCUUCGGAAUCUCCCCAAAUCCCAGCUACAGAAUAGCUUCUACUUGUCCGAAUUUUCUUAUUAAUUAUUUCUUUAGCAAUGUAAAUAUACAGGCCUGAAGAAAAUCUAUUGAAAACAAGCGUAUGCUCGCUAAAUUGUCUUUUGAAUUCUCCAGUGGGAAUUCUCUAAGCUCUACGUAUCACAGGACUUGCUAAUUAUGUACACACAAGACAGGAUUAUCUAGAAAUCUUUACGGUUUUAGGACGAUGCUUUUGCAGUCAAACAUGUCAUGUCCUUAUGUUAUCUAAUCGCCUCAACGUCUCAGGCUCACCGUUAACCAGCACUCUGCAAUGUGCUUACCGCGUAGUUCGGGGCACCUUUUCGUCCGGUUCCCACUGCAUUUUUUUCAGUAGUCUUACUUAUCGCUGCAUGUGCCAUGUUACAAGACCUCGCCUUUUGAGGGUUUCAUUCAUCCUGGAUAUAAACAAACCAGCCUUUCGUUUAUUAUUGUGCCUUCAAAACAACGGUGGUUCUAUCCGCUUUCACCUGACAAAUCAUUGUUUGUCUUCCAGAAUGGAUAGGAUUGUUGCAUCAAACCUAAGACGGGACCUAUGUCCUCCAUCGGAAAUGUGUCCGACUGCAGUGUGGCUCGUCCUAACACGGGAAAAAACACCAAGGGCAUUGCGCACGUAAGCAAGGGGCAGAGUGUCUGGUCGGCACCUGCUGCCGGCCUCAUUUGCAGUCAACUCGAUUCAGAAUACAAUGGGAAGAGAGAGGGCACACUAAUUCAAUACUAAUUUUCCUCCCUAUAACCUAAUUGAUUCCGAAGGCCAUUUUGCACUCAGAAGAGGGUGGGAUACGGCGGACAAAUACCGUCUGCGAAAGAGCUUUUUAUAGAUACUCUCACCGGAAGCCCUUGCGUUCUGCGUGCAUGCGCGCUCCUGUCUCCCAUAAGUUUUUUUCUGACAAAAAAACUUUGCGCUUAAGUUGCCAAUCAUGGUUUCUUGACGCUACGUAUUCGUCCUGUUUCUUGCCCAUAAGCAUCCUUCGCUUACGAUGUCUGCUCUCAUCCUUCUUUUCCUCAGUAAGUCGGUCCAGAAUGGCAGCUCCGUCCUCAACGAGUACGCCCCUUGUUGGCCGGAUGGCAGAUUUUCCCGCAUGAACGUCUACCGAGUCUAUCUUGUACGUUUUUUAAGGCGCUUUGGUUCGUUUUAGUUUUAUGUACACUUAUUCCACUGCCAGCUGACAUGUAUAAACGCGGGGCCUUCAAAGGCAUCGCUUAUUAGCCCUCCUCCCAAAGCACAAUAAAAAGAAACGACGCCAUCACUGGGACAAGGGCUUUAUUCGUUUGACAUUUCACACUCACACUCGACUCUACCAUCAGAGAUAACAUCAGAUGCUGUCCUGAUUCCGAAGGCUUCUGAUUAGCUGGACUUGGGUUCAGGUCACAAGGGCUCCUUCAUAAUGCGGUUUUUAGUCAGCCCUUACCCUCUCGAGAUUCGGAUCCUCACUUUAGGGGGCUAGUUCAUGUAGACAUGGUGACCGGUGUAUGUGCAACGCACGCAAACUCAAGGCCCAUGGCCACUGCCUCUACACCCAUGUCCAGUUGUUCGGAACGACCUGCCAAUGAGAAGAAUGACAGAGAGUUGGGCAGACGCAUCACAGGUCUCCACGGCCUUUGCUGCCUGUAACCGCCGAACUAACAUGCUAACUACCCCCUGAAAGGCAAGAGUUCUCUGAGAAGGCCUUAAGGUACCGGAGUAGUAGGGUAAUGGUGUGACCCGAAAUCCAAUUAAUUAAUUUUUGGUUGUGCAGCAUAACACUCCUUCAAAGACGACGCGAAACACUGCGUAAACAGUACUUUAAAACUUUGGAAAGUUGAGAUCAUUUAUGGCAUGAUGACCAGUGACAGUUCCACCAAUCCCUCUGGCACCCUAAGCGGUGGUUGAGUGAAUGAAGGUAAUUUGUGUGAAUAUAAGGGGCAUGUGUGCACAGGAUAACACUUAGACGUCCAGCACAGGUUUUGCGAAGAGAAGCCUACUAUUCAAGUUACAGAACAUUAGCGUUGCGUUGCGCUUUGGGGGUUUAUAUAAGGCAUUCGUAGGCGGUCACACAUCGAUCAGCAAUGACACAAGAAAAAGUAUUGACAAAGACACGGGAGUCUGGGGUGGCCAUUUCUGGCUUAUUUGCCGCUAUCAGACCAAGGUCUGGAUAACCUGGAACCUAGACCCGGAUUCUUUAGUUACUAAUCGUUUGGUCCGACGCUCCGGCAUUGGACCUUUGGACCUCUUGUCCUGUUUAGGAAUGUUCACUAUCGUGGGAGGGGCGUUUACCGAUGAAAUUACGGAGCAGGCUCGUCUCGUCGCACACUGGGGCUCAAUCGUAGGUAGUUUGUUCUUGAAAUUGUCCAGCUGACAUCUAAAGUGCCGCCAUUCUUUCAUGCAACCACGUGACCUUAUAUGCACAAUUCGAAGCCGGCGGUGCAGUGGUAGAACAUCUGGCAUCUAACUCACGCAUCCAGUCUGUGUUCUUCGCAGCCUGCGGUCUGGUUAUGACCCUGUUGGCGGUCGAUAAGUCGACAAUAGCCGUUCAAGUUUCCGUAAGUCUUUUAACUCCUGUUUUGUCGUUCUGCAACCGUCGGCAAGAACUCUAUUCUGGAACCUCAAGUAAAAACUAAUCAAUCCCUUGGAAAAACGCUUUUGAUGCCCAGCCCAGUCUUGGCUAUGAGGAGGAACAGUCGAAAGUCUACUCCCUUCUAUCACUGCUCUGUGUGGUAAUGAAGUCAAACAUAUACCAGCGUUUUUGAUACCGCCUGCUUUUAUGAAUUUUCUUAAGGUUUUCAAACCGUUAGAUUUGCAUGUCGUCUGAUAUAAAUUUCGUAUUCCAUCUGACACAUUCUCACAGUCACGCUAUUUGUUUAUUGGUUUAGGUAAUAUUAAUGGACUUUCUUUAAGAUGGGUGAAAUUGAGAACACGCCAGUCGGAUGGCAAUUUCUUUCCUAUGGAAAGUCAGUUCACCGCAAAACACCCUUAUAAGCCCUCUCGAACAUUGAGAUCUUUGUUUUCUUGUUUGCUUCCUGGCCUCGGCGGAUGACGGAACAGAAACUACUUCAGUAGUUCCUCGUGUUGGACAUGCAGUCUGUCUCCAGAUGGGGUUAUGCGGGGAGAUGCCCUGGACCAACACGGAGUUACGUGGGGGCACGGCACGCGUUAAUCGGUCUGUGUGCCCACAACAGCUGCCACGCGUGGGAUGUGGUCGCACGCCUAGGUGCAGCCCCGCGCCGCACCAGUUGGCCAGCCAGCUCGGACUGGUGCCUGGGGGAAGGGGAAAGCGAGUGACGUCGAGUCUCAGCACAUAUUUCUCAAUAAGCAGCCAGAUGCGCUUGAAUCUAUCUCGUUGCGCUAAAAGCCGUGGCUUGGGAGGCUGCCAUCCGGCGGGAUAACUCGAUCCCCCCCUCUCAGGACGGAUAGUCAGACUGCAAUGGCUCUUUUAGUGUGACCUCUACGACGCUCCCACUCAGCUGGGAUCUAAGCCGCUUCUUUCUUCUUUGUGUGAAGAUCUGCGUUCAUACGUUGCCCGGAUGGGUGAGGUAGGGGAGAGUGCGGCAGGCGUCAUGCAAGUCUGUUACCAUUAGACAUAGCCGUAACUGGAAAACCGAACCGUAAUACUGAAACCUAAUCGUACGCUGAAACCCUAACCGUAACCCGAAAACCUGAGCCCGAGGGCAUAACCCUAACCCAAAAAUCGGAAACCAUUAACCGGUACCCUAAUCCUAACCUCAAACGUAAAACGGAAGCCAAAUGGGUCAGAUGUGAUUAUGGAGCCCCACAAAAUAGCCGCAGUAAACAACCCCCCCCCCGCCACCUGUAAUACGGGUCCUGGCUGCCAACUGCGAUCUAGCCACUAAUAAUUCAUGCACAAGUCCCCGUUUCUGCGUCCGCCAGGCUGCGUGACCGAGUUUUUCCAUAAUUUCUCAAUCCUUGCUCAAGCCACUGAUGAGCAGAUAUCUGUCGUCUGGUUUUUGCUGCAACUAGCCCUAAAAGGGCCAAAUUUUAGGACGCACUCUGGUCUCUAAACAAGAUUGCAAACUGAGAUAUUCGCAUGAUGAUUGGUUCCCCCAAUUCGCGUGACUGUUUCUUGACCUAGUAUUUUCUUCCCGCAUGUUAGGUAACACCUGGACAGUGAGAAGCAGUCACUAAUCGCCGAAAACCUUAUUCGCAAGUGUUCAGAGGGAUUGGACACGGGUGGCUUUGGCCCCUCGUACUUCAGGUGGUUUCGCGCCUAAUUCCAGAUGAUAAUUGUUCCAUUGUCCUAGCUUUAAUCACAAUUCUGACAUCAACUACCAUAACCCUUACACUAAGCUUAACCCCUUGGAAUCUAGGGCAAGGUCACCCGUAAUACGGGGUGGGGGUCAAUAUUCUUGUGCCCGACCCCCAGAAGAGUUUGGUACGACCCAUCCUGACUUGUUGGCUACUGUCAGCCACUGGCUACAGCCCAUUCGCAAUCUGAACGCAAAUACGUCGCCCGCACUGAAAUAAAGUUUGGCACUCCCAUCGCCAGACCAUGGGUCGGUGUUCUUCUGGCCAAGGCCCACGAUACACGCAUGCAUCCUCCUCUCAGACGUAAACAACAAGCUUCAGCAUUGAAAGUGUAUUCGGUCGGGAAGUUGGUGUCCGUAGGGGACCCGCCUUGUUCCUUGUCACUGCCCGAUUUUCACUUCCUACUCAGACCUUCCGGGCCUUGUAUCGCAUGAUCUGACGAGCUAUGUCAUUACUUGACCAGACAAACUCCUUAUUUUUGCGCCAAGAGACAUGCUGAUGGCGGUGAAUUCCGAGUAACCGUCCAUCUCUUUGACAUUGAUGUGAGCGUUACUUGGGACGUGAUGUUUGUGUCAGAAUAUUGUGGUGCAACUUAGCGCAUGCUUUCUUUUGUGGGUGCCUAACUCCUUGUCUGACGCAGAGGAGAGCAGGGCUAGAGGGAAACUGACAACUUGAGAUAUAAUCACUGCUUCAAUUAAUCCCAUUGAGACUAUUUAGGCGGUCUGUCAGGCUCUACCGGCGUAUAUCAACCGAAGGACCUGCGACGUCCAGUUAGUCCGUAUGCGGACGGGAUGGGCACCAACUCAGGUAGGGGGAGUGAGGACGGCCAUUAUCUGCAGUGUAAUUAUGGGCGAGGAUUUUAAUGUAACUAUCGACCCCUGUUUGCAUCCCGCUGUCUGCUGACGCGCCUGGGCUUGGCAGGACGGUAACGCUUAGGCCGCCAACCGCAUUACAUCCGCAGAAGGAUGACUCCUGGCCAGAAAUUCGCAAGCACUCCCCCCCCCACUAACACUGAUAUCGCCACACACACACACCCUCGUCGAUGAGAGGUUGUUUGUUUCCAAGGCGACAGGGAAAACUUCCCACCGCGUUACUGAAUUUUCCUUCCUUCCAUGCGUCCUUAUUGGGCCGUCAGCCCUUUUCGCACUUGAGCCUUGAAAUAUUUGCUUAGAAGGCCAUUUUUCUAAUUCGCCUUAAUUCCUGCGCGCUUUUGUUUCAUUCUUUUUCUGUUAUUUGACUCCGCGAAUCAUAAAACGCGUUCUGUCGAUGCUGAGCAUCACCGAUGGUGGUGGUGGUGGUGGUGUUCAUGUUCUUUUUGGCAUCAGCCAGUCAUGUCCUGCUUUCGUGCCAAAGGUCAGUUUAGUCAGUCGAACAUUUCGGUCCACUCGCAUUCGGAAAGUUUAACCUUGCAGCCACACCGCGAUAUUUGGAGCUCGUGUUCCGCCCUGCGUGGUGGGUAAAGACAGACGCCGUUGCAAAUAUCUUUUUUCUGCGAAGUUGCAAUAACUAAGGCAUUGGACGCCGGAAUUGCCGUUUUUGCCUUAUACGCCAACCUAGGAGCCAAGCAGACUCGAGAUCUGAGACCUAACUCAAUUGGUCAAAAGAUUGAAUGCUUUAUCCGUUAAGAAACGGAUUUAUGUUCACUCACCUGUAGUCAAAAGCAACUAGUCACACUGGAUUGGGAUUUACCGAUUUGCCUGGUUGAAAAAAAUUGGUACAGAUGUUCCGUUUUACCUUCUGAACUCGAUCUAGAGUUGUCUCAGAGAGACAGAUGGUUCCUGUUUGUGUGUGUAUGUGUCAAAUUUAUGUGAACGUCGGUUUUAUCCUCCGGUACAAUUUACCUUGGGGCCUUUGGAGGUGAGUAAUUUUACCGUAGGCCGCAGGCUUUUGGCCUUCCAUAUUUAGUGCUGAGACUCAGCCUAGGCGGAGUAAUCAGCCACGUGGGGAGCGCACAGGCAAACACUUCCCAGCGCCAGGGUCGGUGGGCCAAAUGGUCGAACAAUCAGCACACCAACAUCUAACACACGUGAUAGAAUUCUAACGACCAAUGACUUGAAUGUCGAUCAUUGAACGAUCAUCACACCAAGUGCAACAAUCCCUGAUGAUGAGUGGGGGGGGGGGACGAGCCGUGAAUUCCCAUAGGUAUGCUGUCGCCAUGCUACUGCAUCCUAUAACUACUGCAACCGCUUUUUUCAUGAUGAUGGAUUCGAGCAGGAAUCCGAAACGCUAGGCAAAUGAAGAUCUUGUUCCGCCGAUCGUGUUUCCUUCUACACUUCCAGUGUCUUUUUAAAUGAAAAAGUUUCCUGUGGCGGACGUAAGUAGGACCUACGUAAACUGGGAGAUCUUUUGUACAUACAAUAACAAUAUAGAAGAGAGCAAAACGGAGCAUCUGGAUUCUCCUUUUCCGUUCUAUCCCCAUGCUUGUCACUUAUGUGCUCGAGACCCAGCGAUGAAUGCGGCUUGAUUUACAAGUUUGCCAGUCAAGCAUGUCCGAUAGGAAAAUACCCACCCUCGGUGCCAGAAGCCCGACCUCUGAAGUUUCUAUCAGUUGUUUCUCCUAAUUUCGAUUAGGCAGGUAUCUUGUCUAGACGUAUGUUCAUUUUCAAAUCCCUUUCCCUUUUUUCUUGUCAGUUAAAACCAGGACCGAUCGUUUGCAGCCCCAAAUGGCGGACAUGUAUUUUCUCCCAUUUCUCCUGACGAUGUUCACCAUGACUGAUUUAACCGAAGAUAUGCCGCUAGUUCGCGGGUCUGUCAGAGGGUCGUACAACAGCAUGCUCUUUCCUUGUUUAAUUUCCCAGGAAAUUAAUGCUCGAACCUGGAGUAAAUCCUUCGGAACAGACCAUUUCAGGCACGGUCCGACAUUAGAUAUGGAUGUUUGAGCCCUGUCAGCAGCCAAUCCCCGCGCACAUUUUGGCCAGUUACUAUUCUAGCUGUCAAUGGUAGCCACGGCCAGGUUUGUCCAGGCAGGAAGACGCGCUUGUCCGCUUUUGCGUACCACCGACUCACAACAGUGGUUUUUGCAGACGCGAUCGCAAUGAUUUCUUCGGAUAGCGAAGCCUAGACACAGUCGAUGCAACGCUUUUGGGCGAUGAACUUUUGGACAGUGCCGAUCCUUGUCACUUGACUAUCACGACCUCGGUGUGCCCCGUGUGGUUUUGAAGUAAUACUUCAGUCAUCCAGUCCAACUUUGCAUUUCGUCAGAUUUUCUUGAACGCUGAACCAGCAGCGGGGAACUCUCAGUCACCCGAUGAUAUGGUCAGCCGUCGCGGCCAUGACAGUUCGACCGUCGUUAUCGACGAUGUCUACCGUGUGCCCCACAUCAAGGUGAGAGCAGGGACGGUGCCUUGUGCGUGAGUUAGUUUAUAGUGACAGUAGACUUGCAAAGCAUCUGCCACACUCUAUCUUCCUUCUCACCUGGACCCUGUGUCAAGACAGAGUCAAGAAGACCGGAGGCGGGGGGGGGGGGGGCGCAGGUGGAUGGCACGGCCGGGCCCGAACCAUAGCCUUCCACUCCACACCCCUGGUUCAUACGGCGGGUAACCAAGUUUUUGACCAACAACAGUGAGGGGACGGUAGGGGUCCCAGUGUGCCUGACGUACGCCGGCAACCCCACCGCACCCCGAAAUGUCGGUAUUUAUUAUGGUGCACAAUCCAAAAACGCCUGCCAGAAUCUGAUAUGGCUGCCGUGUUGGUCCAGCGCAUUUACCACGUGGUCCGUUUGUGGGGGGCAGCCAUAGGACGCCAGUGAACCACAUGACUAGGAUUUUCGUCGUGAAUAUGGCAAAGGCGUCUUCCGCUUGCAGCUACCAUUUGCAUUCUAUGGAAGCAGAAAUCCUACUUUAUAACUGCACUUAGGAGGCUGGGGAAUAUACGAGCUAGUUGGGUCCCACCAUAUGUUCACUAGAUCAAAUGCAUGCAUGUUCGAGCUUUUAGCGCGAUGUUGUGAGACAAAAGCGUUUACAGAUGAAGGCCUCUGGUAGACCCCUUUGUACCCAGAAGUCAUUUUUAUGGUUUUCAAAAUCAAAGAGCCAUUUUUCCCAAGGCCUCGCCUUACCACAAUUACGUCCAUUUCACCCCUUUUUCAGGCUGGAUUCGCUCUUCUUUUGGGCCCAUUCUUCUUCUUCAACGUUACUCGAACGAGGUGGCUGCAGAUAUUCACCUCCAUUAUGCGUUGGGCGGCCAUCAUCCUCAUGAUCGCCCUCGCAUGUGUACGCAUCUCGCAUUUCCCCCGAAAGCAACAACUCACCGCCCACUCGGUAACGCCUCCCCUCUACACGACGACACCCAUUCCGGUUCCACACCCACCGGUGGUUGAUUUUCACAACGUGGCUUCCCUCUUUGGAGUGUCAGUGUACUCCUUCAUGUGUCAUCAUUCUCUGCCCGGCCUGAUUACUCCUGUGCGUGACAAGUACCACCUCUACUCAACUCUCUUGCUUCCAGCCUACAUAGUCGUCUUGGUACUCUACCUGCUACUCGUUAGUACUGCAGUGGCUGCCUUUGACGACAUUCAGGACCUCUACACUCUCAACUUCUUGCCCACCAGUGAUCCCGACGCACACGUUAGUCCAUUUAUUCUGGCUGUGGACUACUUCCUCUCCCUGUUCCCGGUCUUUGCUCUCUCCUCCACCUUCCCCAUCGUUGGCACUACCCUUUCAAAUAAUCUCAUUGGUCUGAUCGGCCUGCUAUUACCUCAGGAUCCCUACCAGGCGCUGUCAGACAGUCCUCGCCGUAUGGAUGCCCGUAGGCUGGCCAUUCGCGUUGGGGUACCGCUGGUGACCCUCCUGCCCCCGGUUGCAAUCGCUUUUGCAACCAAUGACAUUGAGUUUCUGGUGGGGGUGACGGGGGCCUUUGGCGGCAGCGGCAUUCAAUACGUCUUUCCCACCGUCCUGGUCUACUAUGCUCGUCGCGAACUGGGACGUCGUCUGAGGCACACGCAGUUCAAGGAGGCUGCCGGGAAGGAGGAAGACGAGGAGACGGUGGCGGGCCCUUCCAGUGCAGAGGACGUGGCCUCGGAGAACGCCCCACUCAUAACCGUGCAUCGACCAGUGCGGGCUGGAAGUCAGAACCCCUUUGCAUCACCCUUUGCACACACCUUCUGGCUUGUUCUGAUGCUAGUGUGGGCCUGUGUCUGUGUACUGGUAGUUCUGUUACACCGGCUUCAUCUUUUUUAAAAGAACGCUAAUUUCAGUCAUCACUUCUGUUUUUGCGCAUAUUUCCCCUCUAUUUUGAUCCACCGUCACCUCAUCGUCUUACUUAUUUUUAUGCCCCUGAUUUUUGUUUCACUUGAUGCAGCUUAUUUAUCCAGAGUUGCUUAAUUUCUCUGCUUAACCUUGGCCCCCUAAAGAGGGCUUACAGACCAGAAACCGGACUUUUCUGUUGCUGUAAAGUGAACUCAUGCGGCUGCGCUACCAGUAAAUCAUGUGGUUCGGCGCUCAUUUUAUGGCUUUUGACUACCCACCGUACCCUGGAUUUGUCUGGAUAAAUUGUCGUUAGGGGCACAGGAGAGUGGAAAUGGGCCGUCGGGAGGUGUUUGUGUUCAACAAAACAAAAGAUAAUGAAUAUAGUCAUAAUUUAUCGGUUCUGAAGGAAGCGCCAGCCGAGGUUCAGUCUUGUCGGAAGUCACGUGUGAAGGCCAAGUAACGGAUUUAUAGUUAAAACUGCGACGAGUGGGGCACGCGCACGCUAUUGGCUGUUAGAAGUCGGACUUAAAGAUAAGGCAUCGCACGAGGGACAGGGUUUAAGAGAAGCCGCCGGAGCUCGUGGCCGUUCUCUUAGCUGACGCCGCUCAGUGAGAUUUCGAUGUGAAGUUUGCGUCGCGAUUCGCGGUUGGGCCGGUUGAAGACGCUUUAUCUUGUCUGUAAAACCUCCAUUUUACUAAAAGCGGCAGGUGGGUCUGUCGAGAAGAGCACCGACAAAGACAAGGGGUUCCGGAACAGCCGUUUCCGACACGUUAGCCGUCAUCAGCCAGCCGUACCCAACCACAGGCUUGGAACACCUAGAAUUCGGCCUUGGGACCUCUGGUCCUUGAGCUGGCCGCCCUACCUCUUAGCCAGGGAUCGGUUGUUCUCUGGAUGUGCAGACAACGGCAUGCAGGCCUUACAGCCAGUUAAACUCACUAUCAGUUUGGAAGUAAAACUGCCGGAAUGUGCGGAAUAUCUCAUUUCUUGAAGUGUCCACAUCGAAACCGUUGUACGACGCAUUUGUGGACUUGUUGUCUGGCGCUCAGCAUAGUGGAGGGGGUGGUGCAUAUAAGAGCAUUGCAGCAAUCUCCCCCCAAGGUGAAGUGUAAUGUGUUUUAUUUUGCUGAUGGGCUAGACGCCAGUUUUAAUCCACAGGCGCUCAAGACGUUGAGGGACCAUGCACUUGUGCAUAAAAGGACAAUGCAUCGGAAGCCAAGUGGUGAACAAAUAUGCUGUUAGGGUUAGAUCCACGUAGGACAUAUCAGGGAAAGUACGAGGGCUCAACCGUUGUUUCCAAAGAUGUCCACCGCGUGGCCCACAGCGCGGUGGUAGCAGAGACGGUGACUUGUGGGCUAAUAAGUUCACAGUUAUAGUAGGCUUGCGUUGCAUUCACCUGAGCCCGGUGUAAAGACAGUCAAGAACUAGGAUCGAUCGGUGAGCGUCCCCUACCAUUGUAUAUUCCCGAUCUAAACUGACAAGGCAACGGGCUCGUGGCCCAGCUGUUAAAGGCGUGGACUUCUAACUAACAGGUCGCGAGUCCGAGCCUCUGGGUGUUCCACACUUCGAGGUUGGGUAUGACUGGCUGACGACGGCUAAUAAGCCAGAAAUGGCCAUUUAAGUGUUCCUUGUCUUUGUCGGUAAUAGCAUUCUGCCUAGAACUAGGAUUGCCGACAAAGACAAGGGAGAGUCAAAUGGUCCUUUCUUGCUUAUCAGCCUCCGCCAGCCGACCCUAGUGAGCGUCCCUGUACCUUUGCAUUUGCCCGAUCGCAACCGUGGCUGUGUGGUUAGGGAUUUUGGGCCUCUAACCAAGAGAUCACAGGAUCCAGCUCCAGGCGUUCCACACCCCGGGGCCGGGUAUGGCUGGCUGACGAGGGCCAAUAAGCCCGAAAUGGCCGCUCUAGUCUCCCUUGUCUUCGUCGGUAAUGCAAUUCUGCCUCUAUUGCGCGUCACUGUGCGGCGGCUGGCGGGGCUCGGAAGAGAGAACCCGGAGGCACAACGGGAAAAGUGAGUUCCGUAGCGCAAUCAUUGAGCGUCCCUCUACCAGGGUCAAGGAAACAGGAUGCGGGAUCGGGCACAAAUGGUUGACGCGGCGUAAUCCCGCGUCUAGGCGUGCAACCACAUCCCCGUCAUGAGUGCGCGGCCCACUGAGCGCGUGCCGCACCCUGGUCUGGCCCAGUUGAACUCCUGCGUGACCCAUUGUAGGGGUUCGAUCAGGGAGGGCAAACUACCCAAAGUUCACGUGAAUAGAAAGGUUCCGGUAAGCUUCAUUUUUUCAUAUCAGUGAUUGUCUCAUCGACACAAAUAAGCAUGUUUCUGGGCCAGCGGCAGUCGAAUUCUACGACCAGGAACGAGUCCCUCAUGAUGUACAACAAUUCAGCAUGUCUGUGUUGUGACGUGAUUGAUAAGUCAGGGCUAUCUCCUACUUUCUGGGCUUUAACAGAACGGAAGAAUAAACUUCUGAAGGAGGCCAGGCUAGAUUGGUGGCUGUCCACCAUGUAAUAGUACAAGAAAUUAAAGACCUCCGGAACUACGGCCUGCUUCUAUCGGUGAAAAUGAAAUACGUAAUGAUCAACCGGUACCGCGGCGUCAUUUAAUACACCAUAUGUAGCCUCGCAUAACCUGACGCUGAAUCGAGUGCCUCCUCCAGCUUCCCAGCAUGACUUUUUGGAAUAUCAAGCUGGUCGAUAUUAGAUCCCCAAAUAGCCUAUCAGCUCUUAAGAGAAGACUGCGCCCUUAUUUCAACAUUGAUUUAGUUUGGUAGCCCCACCUGAUGGACACAGUACUGUUGGGGCUGAGGUUAGGGUUAGGGUAACUAUUCCUCAACCACUCAAAAUACAACCGCGUAAUCCCAAUAGCUUUCCUUUCGCAUACGACUACUUGACCUCGUCGACUGUGCUUUCCCCGGCCACACUUGUAAAAACCCCUAUUACCACCGGUCCCGUAUUACAUUUGGCUGGGUUUUGUUUACUUUAGGUGGGGCUACAUAACCACCUCUGACCGAUUAGUUUUUCAUUUUCCCAUUCCUUACUGAGCAGCUUUGAAAAGGGGUCAUUGGGAAUUUAGGACGCCGCUGUCAAACUACCUUAUCAGCUCGCAUUCCCCUCUCCAAAUGUGGUUUCGCUUGUCACAAUCACAUCUAAAUUUUCGAUUUAAUUAGUCUGUGCAUCGCGCCCUUCACAAAGCACGACGUUCUCCCUGAACCACCUUUCAGACAGAUAAUCGAAAUCACACUGACGCGCACGUCCUAAACCGCUCCCGGUUCGCUCGCCGCCAACCCUCACCAGGAUUCCUUCUGGCCACCGGGCUGUUGAGGCCUCUCCACAUUGUCGGUCUCACCCUGAGCACCCAGGCGCACUAUAAUGACGUCUCGUUCUCACUCGAUGAUCUGCCUUUGUAG